CAGGACGGGGCUGUUUCCGGGUGUUUUGUAGUUAGGGUUAGCUGGUCUCUCUGCGGCUCUUUCUGUGGUUCAGGAGAUAAACACGCUCAAAAUGAACCGAAUUUUCGGUCGAGGGAAGCCCAAAGGACCCCCACCCAACCUUUCGGACUGUAUAGGAACGGUUGAUUCACGAGCAGAGUCUGUCGAUAAGAAAAUAUCCAGGCUUGAUGCAGAACUGAUGAAAUACAAAGAGCAGAUGAAAAAAAUGAGGGAUGGGCCAUCAAAGAACAUGGUGAAGCAGAAAGCCAUGCGAGUUCUUAAACAGAAGAGAAUGUAUGAAGGGCAGAGAGAUCAGCUGAUGCAGCAGUCCUUUAACAUGGAGCAAGCCAACUACACCAUUCAGACCCUUAAAGACACUAAAACAACUGUGGAUGCAAUGAAGAUCGGAGCCAAAGAAAUGAAGAAGGCAUACAAGAACGUGAAGAUAGAUCAGAUUGAAGAUCUGCAAGACCAGUUGGAGGACAUGAUGGAGGAUGCAAAUGAGAUCCAGGAGGCGCUGAGCCGCAGCUAUGGAACACCAGAUAUCGAUGAGGAUGAUCUGGAAGCAGAGCUGGAUGCACUCGGGGAUGAGCUCCUUAUGGAUGAAGACACAUCUUACCUUGAUGAGGCUUCCACAGCUCCAUCCAUACCAGAAGGCGUGCCAGGAGAGAAAAGCACCAAUCGGGACGGAGUGCUCGUGGAUGAAUUUGGCCUUCCUCAGAUUCCAGCAACAUAAGAAGAGAACUUUGGCAGCACUCACUCCUGCUUCAUUGCGUUUAUUGUACAAAAAAAACAGGGACAUUUUGCAUUUACACCUGUACCUUAUUAUGAAACCGGAUCACCUACCUUAAAAGCUCUGGGGUGAAGAGAAAUGCCUGUAAACACAGCCAGUUUCUUGGUCUUGAUCUCAUCCCAGAUUAUUAUCUCUUUCUGCUUUAUAAGGAAUGUAUGUAAUCGACAGGAACUGUUAGGCUCUCUUAUAAUGAUUGUUUUGUUUGAUUUAAUUUUGACCAGGUAAAAAAAAAAUCAUUUGUUUUAUAAAGGAUGUACCUGGUUUACUUUGUACCGCAACACUGUUUUGCCAACUACCAACAAAUAAAUUAUUCUAUAUUUGA